AAUGACUUCAUUCACGCAGUUGGGGAGGAGCAGAUCAGCUCCAUAGGCAGGGGACUCUGCGUCUUACUCGGCAUCUCAGUGGAGGACACGCAGAAGGAUGUUGACUACAUGGUAUGUAAGAUUCUUAACUUGUAUCUGUUUGAGGAUGAGAACGGCCGUGCCUGGAGCCGCAGCGUGAUGGACAGAGAGCUGGAGGUGUUGUGUGCGAGUCAGUUCACUCUGCAAUGUAUCCUCAAGGGAAAUAAGCCGGACUUCCACUCUGCCAUGCCGGCUGAACUGGCCCAGCCCUUCUACAACAACAUGCUGGAGCAGCUGAGGGAAGCCUAUAAAGCAGAACUCAUCAAAGAUGGGCAGUUUGGUGCAAAAAUGCAGGUACUCAUUCAAAAUGAUGGACCUGUGACCAUUCAGCUGGAGUCUCCUGCUGGCCCUACAGAACCUAAACUGCUGUCUAAACAAGAGAAGCAACAGCAGCGGAAAGAAAAAACACGGUCAAAAGGCCCCUCCGAGUCUAGCAGAGAGAAGGCAGCUCUGCGCUCGAAAGCGGACCCCAGCGCCAGCAGCGGAGCAGAGGGAGAUGUGUCCUCUGAGCGUGAACCAUAGAGUACCUCACGGUACACUUACAGCCACAGUCCAAACUGAUACAUUUAUAUAAGCUGUUUUUAUUAUUAUUGAAUUGAAUCAAGCUCCAGGGGUUGCUCUUUGGAGACUGACACCAAAUAUCAC